AUGGCUGACACGAGCGCGUCCAUCGAGACGCUGGCGAAUGGCGCCAUCGCGGCUGGGUGCCUUCAGGCCGUCAUGAGCAUGGUGCACCCGGAGCUAGUCAAGUUCGUGGCCUUCCAGAAGGAGCGCGUGGCCCGCAGCGACGCUGAGCGGCCUGCUGGCGCGUCCCAACGAGAGACCAACACUCUCGAGACUGCUAAUCUGAGUCCUGAACAGCAGACAGAUCUGUCGUUCCAGCUUAAGUAUCUACGACAACACUGGCACAGCCACUUGAGGUACUACGGACUGGACUCGGAGCUUCCGGGCGUCGUGCAGCGCGCGCUCAUGUACCGGAAUAAAGUGUCGCAUCAGAGCCAGAUGACUUUAGAUCAGUAUGAAGCAGCUAUCGCCACAUUUCAGAAACUCGCAGACAUUAUCGAGUGUAACUCGACCAUUAGACAACAGAUCAAAGAGCUAGUGACCAAGUUAUUGUCAUUUUCGUCUCUUGGUAAGACACAAUUGACCCAGAAUGAGGGAAAACAGGCAGGGUAUAAAGAUCAGGAGAGCAAGAGUGGCGAGGAGCAAAUAUUGAUGCCCCCCGCAGCGUCGCUGGAUCAGAUUCUACAGCACGAAUACCUUUAUGACGGAGAUGAGAACGAAGAGCCGUUGUGGAUGGACCUGAAGCUCAUUGGCAACGAUUAUUUCAAGGAAGGAAACUAUACUGAGGCCAUCGAAGCGUACUCGCAGGGUCUGGUAGUGUCACCGCACCAGGCUGUGCUGUAUGGCAAUCGAGCCAGGUGUUAUCUGAAGCUGAAGAAGUUUAGUCGAGCUCGGGAAGACGCAGAGAACGCAUUGGAAGCAGACAACUAUGAGAACAUGAAGUACUACAGGCUAUUAUCCGAAAUCUUGAUGAAAAUGAAGGACUAUGACGAGGCCAAGGAGAUCUGCGACCAAGGACUGAUGCUAGACCCACAAGAUAUGGUAUUAAAGAGUAGAAAACGCACAGCAGAGGCGAAGAUUGAAGAGGAGAAAGCUGCGUACGAGGAGGAGAAGAAACAGCUCGAACUGGAAGAAAGAGCGAGGGUUGAAGCAGCCAAUGCAGCGGCAGCGGCGAAAGCUAUGGAGGAUGCAAUCUCAGGCAAGAACAAGGCCAAGAAGAAGAAAAACACGGUUAAGAACCCUGUGCCCGAGAUGGAGUUAGUACCGAUGAUCAAUUAUCAAGAAGUGCCUGCGAAGUGGAUCGAGGUACACACGCGUGGUUCUCGACGCCUGGAGCUGUACCAGCAAGGCAUGGAGAGUCUGGUUGUAGCUGCGAAAGCUCUACUUCAAGUCACUGACAGCAUUGGGAAGCCUGGUAGAUCGAAAUUGCCGCUGGACGAGCUAGUUAACGAAGGCAUGAUAAACCUCCGUAAGGCUGGAGAAGCGGGUGUUGCUGAGGCGUGGUUCCGUCUUGGCGUGCUGUACAGUAGCAGUGUUCGCAAAGGAAUGCCGCUGACUGCUGACCCGCACAAGAUGCUGGGGUGUUUCCACAAGGCCGCAUCGCUGCGUCCAUUCAUCAAACCGCCGGGAAAUCGCGUGUUCCCGCACCAAGGCGUGGCUGAAGCGGAAAACGAAUUGGGCGUUUGCUAUCGUGACGGCAGACCAGCUUCUGUCGUGGAGGCAGACCCGACGAAGGCGUUCCACUUCUUCUUGAGGUCAGCAGAGCACGACUAUCCCUUGGGCCAGUACCAUGUUGCCAUCGCGUAUUCACACGGCUCUGGGACGUCUGUUAAUGCCUUUGCAGCGCGGAUGUGGACGUCACGCGCAGCCCAACACGGACUGCCCGAAGCCCAGCAGUAUCUAGCUCAGCUCUUCGAGAAGGGCUACGGAGGGAGACGAGAUGAGACGCAGGCGCGGGAGUGGUCUCUCACUGCGAGUCAGAACCGACUGACGGAUUUGCUGAUGAAACAUGACUUUGCUGACGUGGGUGUCACGGCGCUUGGGGGCGGUGCAAUAGCAGACAAGUUCGCUAGCCAUACUACUGCUUCUCAGCGAGGCAAAGAAGUGUUUCAGCAGUUCUACGACGCCUACUUGGACGAGACGAGUAACGGGGAGAGCGCGGUUGACGCUGUUGACAGUGAUGGAGACGAGAUCCAGAUCACCCGAGUGAGCUCGUACACGCCAAGCGUCACGUCUUCCUCGAGUCACAUGGGUCACAGCGGCAUUUACAGACCUGCGUCUGCUGUCAUCGACGCUGAGAUCCAAAGUCGCGCGCAGAAUGGGAACGUCACGGCGUGUAAAUAUCUAGAAUCGAACCGACUUGUGGGGAGUGCAAGUCAACUACUCGCGGCUGGGGAUGUUAAAGGCGCGCUACGAGACCUGAAGAAGGCGGAUUUAGUCUGGGAACGACCCAAAGCUGUGUUCACGACGACCGACGCUGCUGAUCUGCUGUUGAAAGUGCUGAAGGAAGCAGCUGUGAGUCUCCAGAUCAACCCUCGAGACAUGGAUGCGGCGUAUGUGAUUGGUCGGUGGGAGAUGAUGAGCGACGACGAGCGCAUUUCGCACUGGAAGCGAUGUGUGAAGCUGCAUCCGACCGAAGCUUCCUUUCAUUUUUACUUGGGCGCUGCGUAUCUGACGUGCAGUCGCUACAAUGACGCCAUGGACGCGAUGGAAGCAGCUCUGGCGAUUGAUAAGAAGAAACCGGACUGGCUGUACUGGUUCGCUGCGCCGAUGAUCGGCUUGGGGAUGAUCGAUCCGGCGCUGGCGGUCUUCAAAGAAUACGUCGAGAGCAAUCCUCCCGACGAGCGCUUCAUACCGGACGCAUACUAUUCCAUCGGCGCCUUGUACUUUAAGAAGUACGACAAUGCGAUGGCUACACUGUACCACGAACUGGGGCAAAUGGCCGAGUCGGUCUCCAUCCGCUUCCCUGCCUUCUACCCUCGAGUUCUCCACGAUACGCCCAAGGAAACGCUCCGCUCUGGUAUGAAGAAGAAUGGGUACAUGGAUUCAUCGGUGAUUGUGAGUAUCAUGGCGCAGAAGAUGAUCGAGUGCGGCUUCUGUAAGGCCAAGAUCAAGUCGACGCAGUUGCUGGGCCACAAGCUGACCAAGUGUCCACGACGCACUGUCUCGUGUCCAGAGUGCAAGGAGCAAAUGGUGUUUGACUCGCUCCAGCCUCACAGACAGUCACGACAUGCCAGCAGCACUAGUAGCAACGGGAAGAAGAAGAAAGGCAGAAAGAAGAAGAAAGGCGCUGCUGAGAAGAACGCGGACGCUACUAUACGUGCUUGUACUCCGAUUGUGAAGCCAAGUGGAGAGCUACAGCAGCUGACAGCACCCAAGUUCCACUUCGUGGGCGCCAUUGUUGACGUGACAGAAGGCAAGAACCACACGGUCUUGUCGCUGCAGACAGUCCUCAACCAGCGCUGGACGCUUCGUGUGGAUCACAACAGCUCACCAUCAAGUGCUCUGUCUGACGCUCCAAAGGCCCUUGAAGGAGCCCAAGUGGACAAUUCGGUGCUGGUGUUCUGGCGUCGUCCGCCGCCCCUGGAGAUGAUCGACCGACGAGCUCUCGCUGUACCGAUGCAGGGCGACGUGUAUGGGCAAGAUGUGGUCGUGUACGUGCUCAAGUGUUCGUCUCAGGCGCUGGCCUUCGAGUUGUGUCAGCUGAGACACAACAAGUACAUGGAGAAUGACUCGAUCUGUGCUAGCUGUGGGGAUCCCCCGUACUUCGGUGCGGGUCUGUCAGCGUGUGGAGCGUGCAAGGCAGUCAGGUACUGCACACGUGACUGCCAGCGAGCUCACUGGAAACGUGUCCAUCGUCACAUGUGUAAGCAAACUUCCUUACUGAGUUUCUGCACGAUGAUGACGGAGGACGUGACCCCCGAGGAGAGGGCUGGGAAGCAACCGACUGGACGACCGACCCAAGCGAAGAAGGACACUCCUCAGCCUCAGAUCGUGCGUGAAGAAGCCGUGUACGUCGAUGACACAGUGGAGAUCUUGCAGGGCAUCUUGCAGACGUCACAGUCCAGAGCGAUUGGCCCAGAACUGGCCGAGUACUACAUGCUGCCACCUCGGGACCCUACACGUCCCAAUAUCGUCGAAGGCAGCGUCCGAAUCUUUUCUCGAGCGAGGGAGUUUGUAGUGGAGUUUAGUAUUGGCUACUUGACCUCAGCACCGAACGUGCUGCAGCAGGAAGAACUGCACUACUUUUUCCAGAUCCCUCCGCACAAUCCCCUCACGUUGAAGUGUGACGGAAGCCAAGUCUUCUUACGGGACAGCAAGGUGGUAGUGGACGACGAGUCGGCAAGAGGCUUCCGACUGGUAAAGGAGAUGUCGCUCGACACGCACUCACUCGCAGCAGUCGCAGAGCUGCUCGACUAUCUGCUCUCGAACACGAACUUAUACCUAGCGUGA